CUCCUUCCUCUUUCCUCCUCCAAACAACAACAGCCUUCCAGACGCGCCGUCCUUUCCGAUACUUUGAGGGUCCUCUUCCUCUCCAACAGACGCAAACCGCAUUGAGCGCAAUGUCGCUUCAGUCCGUGAGAAGCGAAGAAGAGGGCGUCACCCCGACAUAUUUACUGAGACCUCCGCAGUCUAUCGGGGUGUUGUCACCCCGCACGCCGCCUGACAGCCACUGUCCCCCGGCAGCCAUCAGGAUGUCUGUGACCAUGACCAAGGCUGAGGGGGUGACUGUGUUCACCAUGACCUCUGACACCCACAGUGUCCUUCCUCCACUGUGCCAAAUCCUCAAAGGCCUCUGUUACAGCCCGGUGUGCUGCUCUGUGUCUCAGCACCUGAAGGCGGCCCAGAGAAACUCCCAGUCAGUCCUGGGGGCUCUGCACAUUAUGGUUGGGUUGCUCAACAUCGGCCUUGGAAUGAUCCUUAUGUGCAGUCCCGGUGGCGCUUGGUGGAUUAUGCGUGAAACCAUGUAUCCUGUGUGGAUCGGAGUAUUGAUUAUGUUGUUUGGCAUCUUUGGCAUUUUGUCCGAGAAGUGCCCCAGUCCAUGUCUGAUCGUCGUCAAUGUGAUGCUGAAUCUAGCAGGAGUUGCUUUCUCCAUUGCCGCCAUCGUACUCUACAGCAUCAAUAUAGCAACCACGAGGCUGUGGGGGAUGUGUACAAAAGAUUAUUCUGACUACUACUCACGCUAUGAACAACACUUCACGACUACUGUCUCUCCCGGGGAGAACUACAUGUUGGAGAAGUGCUUGGAGGCCAAAACACUGGCUCUGAUUCUUUUGAGAAGCAUGACCGCUCUGCUGAUCGUGCUGUCCGCCCUGGAGCUUUGCCUCGUCAUCAGCUCUGCCGUCUUGGGGAUCAAGGCUCUGAAGAGAGGUGGCAUGGGAGAAAAGGAGAAGAUGGGUGACCCAGAACACUACAAACCUCUGCUGGAGGAAGUCACCAGUCAACCCACAGCCUAGAAAACUCUGCGUUGUGCUGUCAGUUACCAGGAACUAUAAUCCUGUGCACUUAUACUUUUGAUUCUAUGUGCUAGAAUUUUGAUGAUUUACACAAAUUCAGCCCUUGUGGUAGUUUUUUAUAAUAGAUCGUAUAUGCUACUAUCCAUUUCAUCCUUUGUUGAAUGUUUAAACUGUUCACGUUGAUUCUGACUUUCUACCGGGUAAUGUGCCUUCUGUUCAGCUUGUUUGUAGGUGAAAGGGAGGCUCAUACACAUGUGUGUGUGUGUGUGUGUGUGACGGACACACACAUUCAUGCUCUUGUUUGCCAUUUUAAGAUAUAAAACUAUUUUUUCACAUAUAUUUUGGUAUAUUUCUGCUUUGUAUUUUACAUUCAAUCUACAAAGCGUGGCGGAAGAAUUGUAUCAGUUUAAUAUUGUAUCAGUUUAAUAUGUAGUUUUGCUCUUGACGUACAAAUAGAAGCGGUAAUUAUAAAGUGUGGGGUUUAAAGGUAAUUAUAUUCCCCCUUAUUUGAAAUGCUAUUUCUGUUAAAAAAUUAAAUAAAAGUUCAAUAAAAAGAUUA